UGUUCUCUGAAGACAUCAUGAAGACCCCAUUUUGGACCCUGCUGCUCUUAUACUUGUGCACCCCAGGUCACAGCAACUGCCAAGGGGACUGUUUAACCUGUGGACUCGUCCUACCUGAACACCAAGCGUUUAAUACAUUGGUAUGUAUUCUGGAAUGUGAAUCACAGGCAACACCUGCAUUGACCUGGGAUUUGUGUUACCAAGCAGCAGGUCUGAAACACCUUUCACCACUGUUACAGGAGGAGGAAACUUCAAAGCGCUCUGAUGAUGAUGAAGAGGAGCCUCUGGCCACAGUGAGCAUAGAAAAUGACAAUGGUGUUGAGUAUACUGAGGCUUUGGAGCAGUUUCGACACGCCGCGCAAGCGCUCCGCAGCCAGCAGCCUUCAGAGGAGGAGAAACUCGAAAUUUCAUAUGACCGAGACCUUGACCCUAGGACAGAGGAGGACCAGGAUAGCGUAGGAGAAGAGAAGAGCGGUGAGGCAGCUGUAAGCAUAUCCAAGCGAUUUGGAGGCUUUAUGAAAGGUCGUCACGGUUUCCGGAAGUUGGUGAGCUCCGGAAGGCCUUUGCAGAAACGCUACGGUGGCUUCAUAGGGAUAAGGAAAUCUGCCCGCAAGUGGAACAACCAGAAGCGCGUGAGUCAGCUACUGAGGCAGUACCUGAGCUUGACGGGGCGCUCGGGGCGUUCAGGUCACACCAGCAACCUCUCCACCAGAAUCUGAAGACAGAAUGAAGUUUAGUUGGGCUUAUAGUACAGGCCUUGGUCUUUUCACUUACCUCAACUCAACUGCUCAUCAGCCAUCAGUAACUGUGAAUGUCUAUCAUGCACCACAGCCCAGAACUAGAUAAAUCUGUUUAAUCAAAGAACAGGAAUAUUUUGAAUAGCAUUGUUUUUUUUUUAUUAUUGACAUUUCCAUGGUGCCGUUCCUGACAUCAAAAACACCUCGAUCAAGUCGUUAGGACAAAUGUUGCUGAUGAGAACUGAUUGUUCAUUUCAGAAUCAAAACUCCUAGAAUUAACCUUGAAGCAUUAUACAAAAUAAAAAAA